UGCAGCAGCGCGAGCGUCUAUUCGGCUGCUCAGCGCGCGCUGACGUGAAUGUACGACGGCGGCCUAUCAAGGCUAACGGGUCGCGUUGUGCUACAGCAGCCUCGCGGGACUGGACUGGACUGCGCUGGAAGAUGGCCGUUCUGCUCGGCGGAGACCACGUGACCCUGAGGCGACUGACUGCCUGACUGACUGGUGUGAAAUAUAAAGUGCGUCUGAAAGCAGACCCUUAUCUACGGGACCACAGCUCAGCUGAUCUGUAAGUCAUAUGCGCGGGCAGUAAACGCGCCGCAGUCGAUCCUCUGAGCGCCGCCUCCCCAUCACUCCACCUACACAUCUGCACAGACCUGCAGGGGCCACUCACUCCUAACGGAGACAGUCGCAUCUCAGAGGGCUACGUAGGCCACGAAAUUACGACGUUCACACCCAAAUAGUGUCCUGUGCGUCCAGUUGGCAGGAAGUGGACAUUCAGCCCACGUUUUGCAGCCUUAAUUUCGAGCACGGACGCCCUACGGAACGUAAACACAAGGCAUCAGUUCCGGUACAACUGGUAACUUCCGGUAUCUUCUGCGGCGAGGAGGUGUGACGAGCUCUAAAAGAAGAGCAGACUGAUUCUCCAACCUUUCUCUUGAGCCCUGAGAUGGCAGAUCCGCGAAGCCAGGUCUCAGCUUCUGUGCCUCAGAAACCUUUGGGCUUUUCUGCAUCCGAGGGCACUACCAUUGAGAUGGACCCAAUGGAGUACACCCUCCGAAAGCGCUUGCCCAGGAAGUUGCCCAAAAGGCGUAAUGAUGUCUACAUCAACAUGAAGACCGAUUUCAAAGCCCAGCUGGCCAGGUGUCAGAAACUGCUAGAUGGUGGUGCUGGUCACAGGGAAAUCUGCAUCCACGGUCUGGGACUUGCCAUUAAUCGGGCCAUUAAUAUUGCCCUGCAGCUGCAGGCUUUCAGUCAGGGGGCUUUGCAGCUGGCUGCUAACACCUCCACCGUAGAGCUAAUAGAUGAUCUGGAGCCAGACGAUCCAGAUGAAGCUGGGGAGCCGCUGACACGAACAAGGAACAACUCCGCUAUCCAUAUCAAAGUGUUUUACCCCAGUGCUUAAAGACUUGGAAUCAGUUACAUAAAGGCCUGAUACCAAUGCAUAUGUAUAAAGACCCUCCUCGCUUUUUUCUAAGUGGUGAAUCCAUGAUAUGGGGAUAAGAUGACUUCUGCUGUUGGUUGUAACAGAUCUCCUGAAGAUUACAUAAGAGCAUAAGAAUUGUGAAGCAAAUAGCUUGGAAUAAAAAAACACUGCUGUAUGCAAAAUGCCAAUUCUGGACCCAUAUUACAUGGAUUUUCCCAAGUGGAAGAUGCUAGGAGGUGUUUAUAUGAAAUUGGAUGGGAGGAAGUAAGGAAGAUCAGUGCAUUUGGGAGAUAAGCAGUGAUGUCUGUGUGACUAGUGCCGUUCUAAAUGUGUAGGUUUCUGUAGUUCUGAUACAGUUUGAGACAAAAAUGAAAGAAUGUUGUAUUGAUGUGCUGUUUUGGAGUACAAAGUAUUAUUUGCUGUGCCUGUGCAUGCUGUAUUUUUAUUCAUUUAAUAUCUUAUUUUCUUUUUGAGGAACAUAAUCUAAUUCAUGUAUGGAAGCCUCUUUUCUUUUGCUUAUUUGUGUAAAUAAAUCACUACCAAAUGCCCUCCUGUAAUUUGUACUCAGGACAACAAUAGGUUGCUCUUGUUGAAGCUGGAUGUCUCUUUGUGCCCACUUGAGGGCAGUAUAACAUCUAACUUGCAUUUUAUGCAGCCUCUUAAGUCAUUUACAUAGUAAUGUCAUCACAUAAAGGCUUUUCUGGACUUUCAGGCUUGAUCAGUUGAGGCCACAAUCAUUUACAGGCUUUAUAAAGCUUAAAGUCUAUAAAGUUUGAGUGAUACACAACACUUCAGUGCAUUUCAGUGAUGUAAAAUUAGAAAAAGUAAAAAAUGAAUUAAUUACCAACCUGGUUACAGAAUGGCAUUACACAAAGUCUUAUUGGCCAGGAGUCCAAACGAAUAUAGAAAGAUACAAAAAAUACAACUGCAAGACCUGGUAGACCACCAAAACUGUCAAGAAUGGAUAAACAGUAAUUAAAUGUUUCAUCUUUGAGAGACAGGAUAAAAUCACUUUUGCUUCAGAUUUUUCACAGGUUUUUCUGUCCAUUCUUCCACUGUGAUAGGAUGGACCAUGAUUCUGAAAAAAUGUGUAGCUGUCAGGAAACAAUACAAGGAAGAAAAAAAAAAAAAAAAAAAUCACUACAACUGGAAAUCUGAGGUGGAAAGUUAUUUUUAGUUCUUUUUAA